AUGUUCUGCCGCCGUCUUCUGUCUUUUGCGUCCAGGUGAGAAAAUUUCAAAAAGAUAUCUGAAGCAGGAAUAACAUUCCCGAAUCAUAUUUUUUUGCAUAUUUUUUUGCAGCUUGUCGACUCGUGCCAUCUCGUCGACUGCUUGUCACAGAAGCGACAAAUCGAAUCUGUCGGAGCCCCCCGAUCCAGAAAAUGUUGGCUUCAAGAAACUCUACCGUUCGGAACUCGUGACUCCGUUGAAGAGAGGAAUUGACGUUCUGAAGAAUGCCGGGCUCAACAAGGGACUAGCUUUCUCGCUCUGCGAGCGCCAGAAGCUCGGAAUUCACGGACUUUUGCCGCCUGUCUUUAUGUCUCAGGAGCAGCAAGCCGACCUUGAAAUGCUGAGAAUCCGCGAUCAAGUGGAAGAUAUUGAAAAAUAUAUCACACUGGAUUCGCUCUGCGAUAAAAACACCAAAUUGUUUUACCGGGUGCUUUGCGACAAUUUGGAGGAGCUGAUGCCAAUCGUAUACACUCCGACUAUCGGCAAAGUGUGCCAAGAAUUUGGAAAAAUCUUCCGCCACCCCAAAGGAAUCUACAUAACUCCAAACGAUGACAGUGUUUCCAAAAUAUAUCAGAUCCUUGCUAAUUCGCCCUCCAAAACCGUCAAAGCUAUAGUGGUUACCGACGGAGAACGCAUUCUGGGCCUAGGAGACCUCGGAGCCAACGGAAUGGGCAUUCCGAUCGGGAAGACUUCUCUUUACACCGCGCUUGGCCGUAUCCGUCCGGAGUGGUGCCUGCCGGUAACUAUCGAUUGUGGAACGAACAAUCAAGCUCUCCGCGAAGAUCCGCUGUAUACGGGACUCCGAAGAACUAGAGUCCGAGGCGCCGAGUACGAUAAUCUCAUAAACAUGUUUAUGUUGGCCGCCACCAAGCGCUUUGGCUCAAAUGUUCUUAUUCAGUUUGAGGACUUUGCCAGCCAGAACGCCCACCGACUACUAAAUAACUACAAACAUCGUUUCUGCGUCUUUAAUGACGAUAUACAAGGUGAGAAAACUUCAAAGCUUUGAAGAUUUUAGCAUUUACUUGAAUAAUCAAAACGUUAUCAAUCACCUCGUUUUUUUUAAGGAACCGCAUCAGUUGUUGUUGCCGGUCUUCUUGCCGCAACGAGAGUCACAAAGAGACCGCUGUCCGAGGAAAAACUGGUGUUCCUGGGAGCUGGAGGAGCUGCCACCGGAAUCGCUGAUCUGUGCGUCAGGCAAAUGAUCCUGGAGGGAACGUCUGAGAAAGAGGCGUGCAGUAGAAUUUUCCUAAUGGACAUAAACGGUCUCGUGACCAACUCCCGUUCCGAAGAUCUUGAAGACCGACAUGUCAAGUUCGCGAAAGCUUUACCGGAGAUGGAUUCUCUGCUUGAACUAUUACGGAUGGUGAAGCCGGGAGUUCUCAUUGGAGCUUCCACAACACCGGGCGCGUUCUCCGAGACAAUCAUCAAAGAUAUGUGCAAAUGGAACGCGCGCCCGGUGAUGUUCGCGUUGUCAAAUCCAACCAGCAAAGCCGAGUGCACGGCCGAGGCGGCUUAUCGGUGGAGCAACGUAUGUAAUUCUUAUAGACUUUUCAGAAGCUUUAUUGCCUUUUUUCUAAUUUCAGGGGUCAGUUUUGUUUGCCUCAGGCUCUCCAUUCGCCGACGUCCAAAUCAAUGGACGUGUUCUCAAGCCGGGACAAGGCAAUAACGCCUACGUUUUUCCCGGCAUCGCUCUCGGAGUCAUCGUUUUCGAAAUGCGGCACAUUCCGGACGACCUCUUUCUUCUUGCCGCGCAAAUUGUUGCCGAUUCUGUGUCUGAACGCUCGCUGUACGAGUUCUCCCGUGUCUAUCCGCACCUGAAUGAGAUUCCCGAAAUCUCUGUUCGAAUUGCUGUGGCCGUGGGAGAAUAUGGAUACAAGACCGGACUUGCUACACUCCACCCAAAACCGGACAACAUGGUGAGACAUGAGGUUUGGGUCCGAUGACUCCAUAAUUUCUUUGUUACUAGGAUUCGGUAAGCAUAUGAUUUCUAAGCAUACGUUGAUUGUUCUCUCAGUUUUUGUGAAUUCUCGAGCGGUUUGAGUGCACAUUUUUCAGGAACUUUUUGUCCGUCAACAACUGUACUCUACGGAUUACGACGAGCUGUUCGUCGAGGAGAAUGAAUGGCCGGUCGAGGACUCGAAGCAUGGAUUUCCGGUGCCGAAACUUCAGAGAACAUCAAUGGACGAAGAAUAA